AUGGCUGACGACGAGUUCGACAUCGAUAUCUAUGGCGAUACCAACACCGAGCAGGAGGCGGAAGGUGAACUUAAGAAGGAUGAUGAAGGCGACGUGAAGAUUGAAGGUCUUUCGCCAGUCGAUGGUGACGCGACUGAGGCAAACACUUCGAAGCACGGAGAGGCACAGAACGACCAGGCAGAGAACGACCAUGGCGAUGUAAAGCUGAGCAAUGGUCAAGACAGCCAAAUUCCCGAGCAGCAGAAAAUCAAAAGCACCGACGAUUCUGGAGGAGAUUCGCUGAACAUCCCGAAGAAGGCCCCGCAGCAACAGGGUGUCAAAAGGAAGGAGGGUUCCGAUGAGCGUCCAAUCGAUCCUGGAGCUACGACAGCCUUACUGAUCUCUGAUUUAAACUGGUGGAAUACAGAUGACGAUGUCCGAGGAUGGGUCAAUCAGGCGCAGGUUGAGGAUGAGAUGAAAGAUAUUACUUUCUCGGAGCACAAAGUGAAUGGCAAAAGCAAAGGACAAGCAUAUGUUGAAUUCUCCUCCCAGCAGGCGGCUACGGCUGCGAAGCACAAGAUUGAUGCAUUCGGCGAGGGCCAGCAAUACGUCAAGAAGCAUACCGUUAUCUACUCCAACCCUAACGUCAACCCAUUCCGAACGCUUCCAAAGGAUGCUCCUGCACGAGCUGGCAAGGAUGGACCAAGCAACCGGGCAACUUCUGGUAACGGCCAAAACAAUAACUUUGGCGGAGGUUUCCGAGGACGAAGUGCUGGUUACAAUGCCCGAGGCAACAUGAACCACACCAUGAACAACAACAACAACAACAAUAACAACAACAACAACAUGAACAACUUCAACCGGAACUUUUCUCCCUCCGGCAUGGCUGGCUACCCUAUCCAAAAUCAAUACCCUAAUAAUCCUCCUAUGAAUAUGCAAUUCUGGAACCGUGGCGGCAUGAUGGGCGGUAUGCGAGGCGGCGGACCUAAUAUGAGAGGAGGCAGAGGCGGCAUGAAUAACAUGAUGGGUGGUAUGCCUAUGGGAGGGAUGCAGGCGGUUGGUGGUAUGCCUAUGAUGAACGUGGUCCCGAACGUGGGCCCCAUGCCUGGUAUGCCAGGCGGCUUCCCGGGUAUGCAACAACAAUUCGGCCCGUCUUUCUUUCCCCAUAAUUCAGUAGGGGGAGACUGGCAAAACCCUCACGGCGCCAAGCGACCACGACCGGAGUGA